AUGUCUCUCGAUCCACCCACCUAUCUUUAUUCGUUGAUGAACAACAUCCGCCAACGUCCAAUACCCUGGGAUGGCGCGGUACGAGCUGGCACAAUCACCGAUGAUCAAUUAAGCAAGAUUCGAGCUGUCGAUAAAGUAAGAAAAGAACAAAGAAAAGAGAUUGUAGAAAAGGAUCCGGAUGCGUAUAGAAAGCUAUUUGUUGGUUCGGAAGGAGAAUCGAGCGUUUUGGAAUCGGCAACAAGAGCAAAGCGCCCAGAUGUUGUUCAGUAUAUUUUGGUCUUGUUGGGUGAUUUACUCGAUGAGGCUCUUUCAGAACACGACGAUCCAUACAGGCCCUUCCUUCCACUACUGGCUCAAUCCCCUGAACUUGAAAGCCCCAUACCCUUACUCACCUCUACGGUUCUUACAAGCAUAAUCUCCGGCUCUAAAGAUACAUCUCAAAAUGCCUUGGAGGCAAUGCCGAAACUGCUGCACUAUUUAUCUACAUUGGCAAAGAGUUCUGAUGGCGGGUUACAGGAUAUAGCAGUGUUGCAAUACUCAUCAUUGUUACAAGGCAAAAAGUCGAGAGAGCUAUUCUGGAAUCAUAGGUCUGACACAGUCGAACCUUUAAUUGCAAUCCUUAAAUCAGCUGUAGGCGUUACCAAUGGCGACUCUGAGUCAACGUUGUGGAGUGGCACUGCAAGUAUUCGAAGUGGACCAGAAGGAACAUUAGGCGGAGGAGUUGGUCUACAGUUGCUCUACCACGUACUUUUGGUUCUGUGGCAGUUGAGCUUUGAGGGUGCUGCCAUUGGCGAGGGACUUGAGGACGAAUACGACAUAAUCCCACUUUAUACACAGCUUUUGAGACUAUCACCAAAGGAGAAGACAACUCGAUUGUUAAUUUCUUCUCUAUACAACCUCCUUUCUUCGAAUCAGAGUUCAUUACUCCCCGUGGCGGUCUUCGCUCGUCUCCCAGCUCUUCUACAAAAUCUGAAUGGACGCCACCUCACAGACGAAGAUCUUUUAGAGGAUCUCAAGAAGCUGAGCGAAAUGUUAGAUGAGCACACAAAGACUCAAACUACUUUCGAUGAGUAUGCUGCAGAGGUAAACUCUGGUCAUCUCCGUUGGUCACCGCCACAUCGAAAUCAAAUAUUUUGGGCUGAGAACGCUCGCAAAAUCCUCGAUUAUGAGCAAGGAGAGCUAUGUAAGAAACUUGCGGAGAUUAUGAGGAAGCCUUGGGAAAAUGACAAGCAAGUUCUUGCUAUUGCAUGCAAUGAUGUAGGAUACUUGGUCAAAGAAGUUCCGGAGAAGAGGUAUCAAUUAGAAAAAUUGGGUCUCAAGACUAGAGUUAUGGAACUGAUGACGGAGCCUGACGAGACUGUGAGAUGGGAGAGUUUAAAUGCUCUUUCGGGAUGGUUGAGAUACAGUUUUGAGACGAAGUAA